AUGUCCCAACACAGUCAUCUAUCUUUUGUUUUUGGAGUUCUAGGGAACAUUUCAUCUUUUGUGUGCUUUCUGGCACCACUACCAACGUUCUAUAGAGUUUGUAAGAAGAAAUCAACAGAAGGGUUUCAAUCCAUUCCUUAUGUGGCUGCAUUAUUCAGUGCAAUGCUUUGGCUUUUUUAUGCUUAUAUCAAGACAGGAGAGACUCUUCUCAUCACCAUCAAUGCAUUUGGUUGUGUGAUAGAAACUAUUUACCUAGCCAUUUAUGUCACUUACUGUCCCAAGAAAGUUAGGAUGUCGACAUUGAGGAUGAUUGUCUUGAUGAAUUUCGUCGGAUUCGGCGCAAUUGUCGUCUUAACUUAUGUCCUAGCAAAAGAAGAAGAAGGACGUAUCAAGCUUCUUGGAUGGAUUUGUGUAGUUUUUGCUACUAGUGUUUUUGCAGCACCUUUAAGUAUUAUUAGAGUUGUUAUUCGCACCAAAAGUGUAGAGUUUCUUCCUUUUCCUCUUUCACUUCUUCUCCUCAUCAGCGCGGUGAUGUGGCUCUUGUAUGGUCUUUCUCUCAGAGAUAUCUAUGUUACCCUUCCAAACGUGGUGGGGUUAACAUUUGGAAUAGUUCAGAUCACACUGUAUGCUAUAUACAGAAACAGUAAGCCAGUAAAUGAUGAGAAGCUUCCUGAACACAAAGGAGAUGCUGUUAUCAACAACGAAAUCGAUGCGAAGAAAAUUGAAGUGAGUAUUGAUAUAGAGAUUGCGGACAAAAAGGAAGAGCAGAAGGAUGAACAACAUGAAGAUAAGAAAGAGGAGCAAGUAAGUGAGGACAAAAUAGAAGUAAAGAAUGAGAAAGAGAAGAUUGAUAUUAACAAAAGUGGUUGCGAAGUUUAA